AUGGAGAGGAGAAUAGACUCUGUUCUUCGUCAGAACAAUGGUCUUGAGAGCAACAACACAAACAUGGAGGCAGACUUCAACCGUCUCACAAAUCGUGUGAAGUCUGCUGAGGAUGCAUUGAAAGAAUUGAGGGCAGCUUUGAGCUAUGGCAAGACUGAGAAGAAACGUCUUCAGGAGGUUUUUUGUGAAAAAACCAAGCAGGCUGAUAACUUGAUUAUGCUGGCUUAUCAAUUUGAUCCCAAACUGUUUUUGCUCAAUUUGAUCCCAAACCGGCAAUGGGAGGUGGUAUUUGGAAGUGUCGAUUCAGCUGGUGGAGGUGGUAUUGGAACUGAAAUCAGAAGAAGACCAGGCGGACCUGAUUUUGGUUGUGAAUUCAAUGAAAAAUUAGGAGAACUGAUGAUAUCCACCCAAACAUGUCAGAAGUUAUCUCAAUUCGACUAA